CAAGCAGGCCAAGCAGCUGUAAACGAUUGUGAAAAAGUAAAUAUUUAUGCAAAGUUAUUAACUUGUGACAAUUUUAUGUUUUUAAAUAAAAAUAUGAUUAACUCAAGUACUACGUUGGACUACGAUAAUGUGAAUGGCGUGAAACUAUCCUUGAAAGUUGAGAAAAGACAAAAUUCACCGAAUUCUAGGCAAUUCACAAUAACUUACAAGAAUAUUGAGAAAACAUCUAAAUUCUGGCCUAGAUUAUCGCUUGUAUUAGCCAUAAUAUUCAAUAUUCUAUCUUUCAUGUACAUUCGUAUAAGUUUAACAGCAGUUUUAGUUAUAAUUAUCGUGUUGUCUUUCCUAGUCUUCUUUUGGGUGACUCACAGUGUGCAAUCAGAAACGCUACUAGUAAUUCCGACAGUGUGUAUGCAGAGUUCAGUCAAGUAUGUGUACGGCAGAGAAGAUAACUUCAUAUCCUGGUCCAGCAUUGAUGAUGUUAUUAUUAAUGAAGUCAUUAAAAUGAAUCGUGUGCUGUAUUUCCUCACGGUAUUAAUCAAACAAAACAAUCCCAGUAGUCAAGAAUCUGAGACAGUCAAAUUGGUGCCUCUGUUUAAGUAUACAAAACCAAGGCUGGUCAUGCUGGAGAAAAUUUAUUCUGAGCUUCAAACCUUACUUGUGGAUGCACAAAAAGAAACAGUCAUGGGCUCUGGUGACAAAGGAUAAUACAAACAUAAUAAGUAAUGGAAGUGAACGUCACGUCUGAAAAGUGUAGAUUUUAUAUAAAAAGUUUUGCAGACUUCGUUUUGGGCAUACCAGUACAACCUAAACUAAGGCUGUUAGCAAAGCCAAACGUGUGUUAUACGAUUGGUUUUCAAUAUGCAAUGUAUUGUAUUUCGAAACAUUCACUUUUUCGUUCACAUUGAAGUCUUACCUCACAAAACGCUUCAUUUACUCACUGAAAAACAAUACCGCAUGUUUGGUAUACAUACUGGGGCUCACAGAGAGUUUGGUUACAACUGAUGGGCAUACAAUGACUGCACGGAUAAGUGGUUGAGACCACCACGCCAAAACCCACUGUGCGCGUCGUGUCGCUCGUUCGAUCCC